GGAGUUCUCGGCGACCAGAAGAAACACAAAAGCAUAUUAGACUUCGACGCGGACGAGUUCGACACCGUGAUGCGUGUGAACGUGCGAGGAACAGGGCUCGGCAUGAAACACGCGGCACGUGUCAUGGUCGAGAGAGGGUUCAGAGGCUGCAUAAUCUCCACCGCUAGUGUGGCAGGUGUGAUGGGUGGUAUGGGACCACACGCUUACACGGCCUCGAAACAUGCCAUAGUUGGUUUGACCAAGAACGCAGCGUGUGAGCUAGGCAAGUAUGGGAUUAGGGUUAAUUGUAUAUCUCCGUUUGGUGUUGCCACGUCGAUGCUGGUGAACGCGUGGUGUAAGACGAGUGGUGGUGACGUGGAUGGGGAUGAUGUGGAGGAGAUGGAGGAGUUUGUGAGGAGUAUGGCUAAUUUGAAAGGAGAGACAUUGAGAGCGACUGAUAUAGCUGAGGCUGCGUUGUAUCUGGCAAGUGAUGAGUCCAAGUAUGUUAAUGGACAUAACCUUGUCGUUGACGGUGGUGUUACGACUGCGAGAAACUGUGUUGGUUUGUGAUGAAAUGUGUGUGUGUUUUUAAUUCUCUAAUUGCACUGUUAAUUAAGUGGAUUUGGUAGUAAAUCUUUGUGUUAUCUUUUUUUUUUUUUUGUUGGAAUAGUUGGUGAAUGAAUAAAACAAUGGUUUUAUUUGUAGA